UCGCUUCGUUCCUUCGCAUCGGUUGCAAGCGAAAAGGAGUGAGAGCAAAUGGCCGUGGCUGUGUCAGGAGCUAGGAAAAGAUUUUAGUUCUAAUUUGCUAGCCUACUGUUCAUGGUUUUAUUUUGUACAUUCAAUCGAUUAUUUGCCACUGUGUAGGAGAAAAGUACAAAGUAAGAAAGUUGAUUUGUAUAUCCCCAUAAAAUUGGUGCAGAAGGAUCGUAAAUUUGCUACACAAACGCUGUUGCGUUUCAAAGCAAAUAAGUGUUAAACGGAUGCAAGCGAAUGAAGUACAUAUCAAGCGCCGAUCGAAAAAGCCGACGAAAAAGUGUUAAAGUAUGAAAUGUUUCCUGGAAUCUGUUUAGCAACUUCAUUUGUUUAUUGGCGUACUAUAUCCAAAUGCUUUUUAUGUGAGCGUUCAAUUGUGGAGUGAGCAUAGUUGGUUUAGGUGUGAUUCUUUCAUCCUGGGUGUUCCAUCCCCAGGCAUUCCGUCAAAUGCAAAUGAUUCCCAGACCCAGCAAUACAGUGUAUACAACAUUGUCCGGUAAAGUGUUCCCCUUAACUUGAUGGAGAAUCUUUGUUACAUGCAUCGAAGAAUUAGAACAGUUCUACAGGGGCACUAACUGUUGCAUUAGAAAAAAAGGGCAAAAAAGGGUAAAGUGUGUAUUGACCAGUAACCAGCUGCAUCAGUUCAUGUGACUGCAGUGUAUGCAAUUUGUUAGGUUUAAGAGAAGACAUACCUUACCAUGGAACAGCAGCAGUCCGUUGCUUUGAAAGAGACAUAUACACGCCCCGCUGGAGUAGAACCAUCCAACUCGCAUCUAUUUCGUGCCAGUCACGCAAAACCACCCGAUAUUCCUGUCCGCGUUGGUGCUGGGAAUGUAAAGGCACCGGAAAUACCUCCGAAAAAUCUUACGAAACGACCAACCACUAUCGGAGCUUCAAACAAGGAUGAUAACAUCCCCAGCGCUAGCAUGCUAUUAUCACAACGUGUUGCACCAAACCGUGCGCCUCCUUUGCCACAAAAGUCGGCCAGUAUUGCACAGGGUAGCUCGAAUAGCACAGUUCUACAGCCUGCGCCACAGCCCGUUGUUUCAGGCGUGGGAAUUGGACCUUCGCCGGCGAUUGUUACGACUGCAGUGGCAACAGCAGCAUCUUCAUCAUCAUCAUCAUCCGUACCAGCCGGUGGUGCCGUACCUAUCAAGACGAAUGAUGCAUUCGGCAAAGAGCGUUCGUCCACAGCCAAGACGACGACAAAGCCAACGAAACUGGAAGAUUAUGGAUCCGAGGAUGCGCUCCGUGGGAUUGAGAGUGGUCUACGAAAUGUGGAACGGGCCAUUAAGGAGCAGAUGAGCUUACGGUCUUCCGUGGAAGCAGAAGAGCAGCAGAACAUCGCACAUCCGGUGAAAUUCGGACGACUGGAACUAAUGAGUAAACAUUCGAAUUCGAUGGGAUCGGCCACAUCAUUGGACAAUCCUUUCGAUGUACCAGGUGCGGUUUCGGGUAUGCCACAAGCGUUUAAAUUCGAUCGCUUCGAUCAAAACCCUAAGCAAAUAGGAUUGGAGCGUGGAGUAAGCAUGGAAAAACUGCGCUUCGAUUCUGGAGGUUCCGGCUCGUUUCACGACCAUACAACGAAUGGUAUGGAACAUGGCAUGCCGCAAAGACCGAUGGAGCAUCAGUUUCGCUCACUAGAUCGACAUCUACCGCUCGAGUUGCAAUACGGUACCAGUCAACAGCGGCAGAGAUCACAGGAAAUGGAGUUUAUCAAGCAACAGCUUCUUCCAGUUAUCGCUCGUAGUAAGGAAACGAAUAGCUUGAACCGUCAGAUGGGACUGUCUAAGGACGAUCUUCGCACAAGGCGACGUUCUUCGCAUGAUGAGAGCCUUUUUUCAAUUAACAACGCAGCUCCACGCAUGAAAGAGCAAUGGGAGGAUACAAAUCAAUCGGUAAUGCAGCGCAAAACCCAGCUAACCGCAAUGCUCGGCGACUCUCAAAGAUACGAAGCAAAACGGUUAGAAAUAGAUGCUUGGUUAAGCAGAAUGGAGACAAUAACGGAACGGAUGGGACCAGUAGCAACAACGGCCGACGUGUUGGACAUUCAGCAGAAGGAGCAAAAGUCCUUUCAUGCGGAGCUGCAUAAAUUUAAUCAUCAAAUUGAAUUAUUCAACCAACUGACCCAAAAACUAAUAUCAGUAUACCAGUGUGACGAUACAUCGAGAAUUAAAAGAAUGACCGAAUCAAUCAACCUGAGGUACAAUAACUUAAAUAACUCCAUUAUUUCGAGAGGGAAACAGCUUCAUGCCGCCAUACAUUCAUUGCAAACAUUUGAUCGUACAUUUGAACAGUUUCUCGGGUGGCUGAGCGAAGCAGAAUCGUUAUGCGAAAAUACGGAAUCCGAAGCUGAAAGGAAUCCACACUGCUUAAAGGAUUUGCAAUCAGAAAUUGACGCUAACCGAAAGGUAUACGAAGGACUUGAUAAUACUGGACGUAAGUUGCUGCGUUCUCUUACUUCGCAAGAGGAUGCUGUAAUGUUGCAGCACAAAUUGGACGAAAUGAAUCAGCGUUGGAACCAUCUUAACUCGCGCAGUGCCGCGAUCCGGAACCGUCUGGAAUCGAACUCGGAUCAUUGGAAUGCUUUAUUGCUUUCGUCGCGCGAACUUACGGAGUGGGUCAUACGGAAAAAUACCGAACUCACCUCGAUCGGAUUUGGCUCGAUCAAUGGUGAUUCGAAUAGCUUGCAAAUGCAGCUGGAUGAGCACAAAGCGUUUCGCCGCCAGCUCGACGACAAGAGGUCUAUCAUCGAAAACAAUCUAAUGAAUGGAAGGCAAUACAUAUCAAACGAAUCACCACUUUCCGAUACGAGCGAUUCCGAAGCAAUUGACGAAAGUAUGUACAUUUCUACCGAAGAACAAAAUCGCAUUCUGAGCCGGAGCAUACGCAGGGAGGUGAACAAACUGUCGGAGCAAUGGUCACUGUUGAUUGAAAGGUGCGACAAAUGGAAGCAUCGGCUGGAUGAAAAUAUUACGAAAAUGCGACAAUUUCAAAAAGUACUUGAAGAUUUGAGCUCACGAGUUGCUUCAGCGGAAACAAUUACACACUCGUGGACAGUCCCAGCUCCUGGAUCGGAUACUACCGAAGAGAUGCAGCAUCUGCAACGCUUAAAAGACAAACUUACCACGGCCAACGCACUACUGGAUGACUGUAAUGAGCAGCAAAACUUUUUCUCUUCCUGUCGUGUAAUCGUUCCGAGUCCAUAUUUGGCGAAGCUUGAAGAUAUUAAUACACGCAUGAAGCUUUUACAUAUUGCUGUAGAAGAACGGUUCAAGAUUCUGCAGCAAACUAAUCAAACGCAUGUUAGUGCUGAAGAUGGUAUGCUUGGAAGCCACCAUGAGGAGGGUGGAAAAUUUACCAAGCCUCUUCAUAUAGCCGCUGGAGGUUCAACUGUUCCAAACCUAGAAAAAAGCGUCCAAAUACCAUGGGAACGUGCAGUUACACCUGCCAAUGUGCCUUAUUAUAUCAACCACGAACGUGAAAGCACACAUUGGGAUCAUCCAGAAAUGAUAGAGCUAAUGAAAUCUUUAGCUGAUCUGAACGAAGUUAGAUUUUCCGCAUACCGCACUGCGUUAAAGCUCCGUACUGUACAGAAAAGACUCGCUUUCGACCGUUUGAACAUGAGUGUUGCCAUCGAGAUAUUUGAUCGGUAUGGUUUACGGGCGCAAAAUGAUAAGCUGAUUGAUAUUCCCGACAUGACAACGAUUUUAAAUUCGUUGUACACAACACUGGAACCCAACGAACGCGCAGUGAUGCUAGAUUUGGCCAUCAAUUGGAUACUUAAUGUGUAUGAUUCUCAACGAACGGGGCAGAUUCGGGUACUCAGCUUCAAGGUUGGAUUAAUUUUACUGUGUCGCGGACAUCUGGAGGAGAAAUAUCGUUACCUCUUUCGGUUGAUUGCUGAUCUGGAGAAAAAGGUAGAUCAACGAAAAAUGGGGCUGCUAUUGCACGAUUGCAUACAAGUGCCCCGUCAGCUAGGAGAAGUUGCUGCAUUCGGUGGCUCAAACAUAGAACCUUCAGUCCGAUCGUGCUUUGAGCUUGCGGGUGGUGUUAGUCAAAAUGGCGAAUUGCUAGAAACGGCCAUUGAAGCGCAACACUUUCUCAGCUGGCUACAACAUGAACCACAAAGCAUCGUAUGGCUUCCCGUAUUGCAUAGGCUUGUGGCGGCUGAGACGGCGAAACAUCAAGCGAAAUGUAACAUAUGCAAAGAGUACCCCAUUGAAGGUUUUCGUUACCGUUGUCUAAAAUGUUUCAAUUUCGAUAUGUGCCAAAAAUGUUUCUUUACUGGGCGCAGUACAAAGAAUCACAAACUAAGUCACCCGAUGCACGAAUACUGCACAACGGCUACAUCAACAGAAGAUGUUAGAGAUUUCACUAGAGCACUGAGGAACAAGUUUAAAAGCCGGAAGUAUUUUAAGAAACAUCCUCGCGUUGGUUACCUUCCCGUACAAAGUGUGCUAGAAGGUGACGCUCUAGAGAGUCCCAUCCCCAGCCCACAACACGGCACGCACACACUGCAGAACGAUAUGCAUUCUCGAUUGGAAAUGUACGCUUCACGUUUGGCACAAGUGGAAUGUGGAACUCGAUCCAACUCCACUCCCGACAGCGACGACGAACAUCAGCUGAUUGCACAGUACUGUCAAGCCUUACCAGCGGCAAACGCGUCCGGAAACACUACGGGCAGUGGUGGUCCUAAGUCUCCAGUUCAGGUUAUGGCAGCGAUGGAAGCCGAGCAACGAGAGGAAUUGGAAACUAUGAUAAAGGAGCUAGAGGAAGAGAAUGCAAAUUUACAAGCCGAAUAUGAAAAGCUUAAAGCAAAGAAAACGAGCACUCCUAUCACUACACCGGACGAAGGGUAUAAAACUCCGACAUCUGCCUCUAAUGCUAUACUUUCUUCUGUCACUCCGACUUCCACUGGUGGUUCGGAUAUGGUUACAGAGGCAAAAUUGCUGAGACAACAUAAAGGACGAUUGGAAGCAAGAAUGCAAAUAUUAGAAGACCAUAACAAACAGCUGGAAGCACAAUUGCAGCGCUUACGACAGCUGUUGCAUGAGCCAACACCACCUAAACCUCAAACGCUACAAACUAGGUCCGUAACAGCUUCACAACUAAAUACCGAUUCGCCGGCUAAAAUGCAACAUAACGGACAUUAUGAUCAGAAAAUUCCAUCUGAAUUGAAUCAAAAACCAACGUCUUUGUAUGGUCCCGUCGGAGGUGGCAGUAUGAAUGGGUACCUUUCAAUGGCAGGCGAUGAAAUGAGACAACGGGAGCAAUACAGUGUUGACGCUUACGACAAAACAGGUACCGGGGUAGCUGCUGUAACUAAUGCCUUUUCAUCAAACAAACCAGUCGGAUCUGGUGCAGGCGUUGGUAUGGGUAGUGGUGGGAAUGGAAGCAUGAUGCCAUCGGAAUACGGGAUGGAUGAACGUCCACCUCCACCACCGCAUUCGAGUUUGUUACACAUGGCCGGAAGAAUACAACGACCUCAAUAAAGCCGUAGAGGAAUUGGUUCACAUCAUGACAACGGAGUCGAAGGAAGAAUUGCAACAUGAGAGCACAACUGAGGGACUGCAAUAAACAAUAAGGUAGAUUGGUAGCGACAAUCGCUAAAGGAUAGUUUGUUAAACCGCUAACCGUGACCCAGUUUGUAAUUCGAUCGAUGUCCUCCAAGAACACAUAUAGUCAUGCAUAUCUUUUUCGUAUCAUCAAAGAACUACAUGCUAUUGGAAGAAUUGAGUAGUUUACUUCUAGUAAUUGACAUGUACUUUGAGCACAGAUGGUUCGCAAGGACCAAUUUUACACUUGAUAGCGAUAGUGUUCGUGUUUCACAAAUAUUUAUAUUAUUAUUAUUGAUACAAUUAUGAUACCUAUCAUUACUAUGGACAUUAUCUACUGUACGAACGCAUAUACAUAUAUAUAAAUAUUAAUAUACCUAACACAUAUUAUGCAUACAAGCAAAUAAUUUAAACAAAGCUACAUUAUAUAACUUCAGCUAAAUAAUCAUUCAUAUCAUAUGUGGAACAAUAUUUACUCACACAACAUAACAAUCAAGACAAGCUAACUAACCCAACAAAUUGCCAUUUUUUUAUUAUACUGGGCGAGAUUUUGUUAGUGUUUUAGUUUAUGUUGUGAAGCAAACCACAUUUCCAUCGUGAUUCCAACCAAUCAUCAAUUGAGAGGUUACUAAAAACAAAAAGAGAGUAUAUGAUCCAUUGCAUUGGCUACAUUACCAAAUGGGAAAUAGUAUCAUUUUGAAUUCCAUUCAUGAUUAAAUUUCAAAGUUGAAAGUUAAGAUUCUUUAAAUAAUUAUGCUGAUACACAAUGCUGAUCUAUCAAUAUCGUGCUAUGUUUUAUAUUAUGUAACAAAUCAAAUUUGAGUGUCAUCAAUAUGAAUAUAUCUUUAUUUGAUAUGUUUUAACUAAACAAGUAAUGUAAAACUAUGAUUUAUUUAACCUAAUGUGCUGCUUGUUGAUCCCAAAAUGAAAUUAGCUAUAAAAUAACUUUUCUUUUUGUUUCAAUGGAGAUCUAUUACAAUUGGGCGUUAGUUGAACGAAUUUAGAGGUAAAUCUGCACGUUCUUGCAAAAUAAGUUUGUGUUCUUACUGAAAUUAAUAUUAGAUUUGCUCUUAUGAGGAUUAGUACACAGGACUCCAACAAGAAUGUAUUCAUCCGGAAGAAGAUUCGUCACAAAACAUAUUGAUGAAUAAACAUCGAACGAUCGUAGGACAAAAAUAUUGCUGUAGGCGAUGUAUGUGGCAUCAAAUCGGUAUGCUGUGAAAUUAAGAAAGGAACAAAUGGUCUACACUUAUCAGCAUAAUAAUAUCAUCCGUAAAAAAGAGUAUAAAGUGAACAUACAUAUGCCUGUUUUCAACGAAUUUUGUACUUGGUCGUUUAUUUCUCGACAUAAUAUACAUAUCAAAGACACAAUAAAAGCAGGAAUAUAGCGUAACCAUACGUUCCCAGGCACAAAUGGAUGCGGAAUAAUAGGAAACAAUUAUUGAUCGUACUCGCAUAAAAUUCAUUGAACAAUAGUGCGUUGUGUAAUGUUUUAAUACAAUUGAAAAAAAAAAAUAAACGAAGCAAGAAAUGGUAUGUUUCGUUUAUCAUACUGACCCACUAUCGUUAUUGUCCUGUAUGGAUUUAACGGAACAGGGAACAUUGAAUGUCACAAUGUAACUGUGAGCACAAACUACUGGAUACACCAAAUCAAUUUCAUCUUGGAACUAGUGCAAUAAUAGACAAAUUAAACACACAUAACGUGUAGAAGCAGCGUUAUUGAAGCUUUCAACUUACGCAUUACUUACAUUCUUCUUAUGGCAUGUAAAGGAAAGCAAAACCUUCUCAUUACCUUUGCAAGUGAAGUAUGCUAAAUUGCGUUUUCUGUAGAAUGUUUGAUCAUGUAGAAGUCAGUUGUAUUCCGAAGCGGAUAGGGUCAUAUAUCAGAAACAUAAACUUCUUUCCUAGGCUAAUGUUUGAAUCGUGCCGUGGAAGCGCUAUAGUAUUAUUAUACCGGAAAGAAUUGCACUACAGUCACUAGAUAAAACAAAAUUUCAUAAAUCGUUCUGUACUCAUAAAUGCUCCGACACAACAAAACUACAUCUUAAAUCUAGAGGGACAUCAAUCUACCACAAACAUAACGUAACCAGGUAUAUAGAUAACAUAUUGUCGAACCGCUUGUAUACACUAACCAUCCUUUAAGCAAUUGAGGAAAACAAAAUUUCCAUACGGGGAUAGCUCUACCAUUGUAAUAAAUCGAGUUGUUUAAAAACUCGAUUCGACAAACAUUGAAUAUCGAGUAAAAAAAAAACAAUACAAACGAAACUAUAGCAUAAUUAAAACGCUUUUUAAUAUGUAACAAACGGCAGUAGCAGUGCAGUGCGGCGGUAUACAACUAAUUAUUCAGGCAUGAUAGUUGUUGGACAAAUGAAUACAGGAAAGAUUAAAUAAACUGGCAAUGAUGGAACGAAAUGGUUUAUCUAUCAUUACCUAUCAAAA